AUGAGCUCCCAAGCGCAACAAGAACAGCAUUGCCAGCAAUCGCCAUUACAACGCCAGCCCCAGACGUGCCCUCUGUCUCAGACUCAGACGCAACCUCAGGGUCAACCCCAGAGCGACUUAGUAGCAGGCGGCGGCAUUCGGCCCGUCGACGGGGCGCCUAAGGAGGGCACCGAGGGAAAUGGCCCAGAGCCCCCUCCAGCCUACACCCCGCCCAUGCGCACCCGCCUGCAAGAGAACCUGGCCGCCGCGCUGCUGAACAACGCCGACGCCAACCUCCGCCAACUGGGCCAUCGAAUCCUCUCUGUCCCCGUGCCGUCGGCGGUCCUGCGAGCCCCUUCGCCCGACCCGGAGGAAGACACGCUGGAGGAGCUGUCGCCUAUCAACCUGCGCAUCUCCACCCGCGUCAAUGUCUCACGCGACAACAACCUCAUCGCCCUUCCGUAUUUCCCCAGCGAACAGGCCGGGGCGACCGCGGACGCCAUCGUCAGGGCCUUCAAGAGAAGCACCGUCAUGGAAGGUGGGAUCCCCAUGAUCGACCAGGACGGCCGGCCCAGGCCCGUCAAGAUCGAGGUCGACGCCGGUAUAACGGUGGAAGGGUCGUCCAACAUUAUCGGCACUGAGGCUAUCAUUGCCGACGUGCUUCGUAGCCGCAUGGCGGCCCAGGCUCGGCAGCAUCAGCAUCAGCAUCAGUAUCAGCAUCAACACCAGCACCAGCACCAGCACCAGCGGUUCGGUGGACCCGACGGCUCUGGUUCUACUGCUGCCGCGGGGAGUGCCGGUGGUAGAUCUAGUGGGAAUGUGACGCCGGGUAGACGUCGCAGCCUGGCCGAGGCAGAGCUGGCUUCUGAGCUCCCGGCAGCGAAGAGGUCACGAAACUCGGAAUCACGAUGA